CCGUACGUUGCAAGAAUGGAGUUGAAUCGGGCAUUUCGGUAAAAGAGCCGUGCAGUCUGCACCAACAUGCAUCGAAUUCUGCAGCGGAGGCGAGUGCGCAGGCUUCGGGUGGUCUGGGCUUUUCUGGCGCUGGUGGCUCUGUCGCUGGCCGCCUGCAGCGCCCUGUUCACGGCGUGGACCUGGAGACAGACCCGGGACUUGUCUCAGUCCUUUAAGAUCCUGCAGGACCGACUGGAGCAGGUGAACACCCAGAGGAAGGCCAUUGUCCAGCUCAUCCUGGAGAAGAGAGAGUUGCUGGUGGGCCAGAGAGUCAAGAGAGACGGGGGCUCAGUGCGAGGGAAGAAUGGAAACGGGAGGAAAGUGGCUUCUCAUUUUGAGAUUACCAAAGUCUCCUCUCAGCAAGUGGGAGAGGGAGGUGUGAUAAAGGGCUGGGAGGAGGAGACGUUGAACAUGAGCAAAGCAGUCAAAUACAACAAGGAGCAAGGAGUCUUCACCGUGGAGAAAGCGGGCGUCUACUUCCUCUACUGUCAGGUGUUGUUCAAUGAGCAGGAGUCUCAGUACGUGAAGUUGGACCUGGUGGCCAAAGGGCACAAGCUUCAGAAGCUCCAGUGUAUGGAAGGCUAUGGCACCACGCCCGCCGCCGGGCCGCACCCCUUCCACUUCCUCAAGCCUUGCCAGGUAUCCGGCCUGCUGAGGCUGGACCGUGGGACUGAGCUCCAGGCCAUCACGGGCCCGUCCUACAGGCUGCACGCAGUGGGCACCGCCUCGGCCUCGCCCCACGUCUUCAGCAUCUUCAAAGUCAACUGA